AUGCCCGUGAUCGCCGCCGUCGCCUCCGAGAGCGCGCCCUCGACGUCGCCCUCGGACACCUUGGACUUGACGCCGGGGACGAAGAGCGCGGUCGCCGCGGCGACGGCGAGCGCGCCGACGACGGCGUCGCCGACGAACGCGCCGACGAGAUCCGUCUUGCCAGCCUUGGCGUCGUGGGGGGUGGAGUCGAUAGGCGUCAGAAGCGGAGUUGAAAGGCGUCGAGGUGUGUCGGGAUUGAAUGCGAGGGACCCUGGGCGGAGAGAUGCGACGGGCAAAGUCCUUAAGAAACGGCGUUCACCACGCGGACGGGGUCGUACGGGGACCGGUGUGAGAAGAACGCACCUUGGCGCGCGCCUUUUUGGCAGCCUUCUCGCGCGCGGCGGCGGCUUUCGCCGCCUCCUUCUCCGCCGCGGCUUUCGCGGCAGCCUUCUCCGCUUCCUUGGCAGACUUCGCGGACUCCUUGUCCGCGAGCGCCUUCUUCGCGGCGGCCUCCUUCUGCGCGGCGAGGUCAGCCUUCGCCUUCUCCGCGGCGGCUUUCUGCGCGGCGGCAGUCUUCGCGGCGGCGGCUUUCUCGUCCGCCGCGGCUUGGAUCGCCGCGGCGUUCUGCGCGGCGCGCUUCUCAGCGGCCGCCUUGUCCGCCGCCGCUCUCGCGGCCUUCUCCUCGGCCGCCUUCUCGGCCGCCGCGGUCGCCUCGGCAGCCUUCUGCGCGCGCGCGCGCUCGGCGGCGUCGCGCUCGGCUUGCGCCGCCGCCGCCUUUUGCGCGGCUUGCUUCUCCUUCGCGGCUUGCGCCUCCGCGGCUUGCUUCUCCUUCGCGGCUUGCGCCUCCGCCGUCGCCUUCGCCGCGGCGGCAGCCUUCUCCGCGUUCGCCUGCUCGGCAGCCUUCUUCGCGGCCGCGGCUUCUUCGCGCGCCUUGGUGGCAGCCUCGCGCUCCUUCGCCGCGCGCGCGAGCUUUUCCUGCUGCGCCUUCUCCGCGGUCUCCGCCUUGUCCGCGGCUUUCUUCGCGGCGGGCGCGGGCGCGGGCGCGGGGGGCUCCGUCGGCGGCGCGACGAUCGACGGCAUCUCCACCGCGGGGAUCUCGAUGGACGGCAUCUCGAUCUUCGGGACGUCGAUCUUCGGGAUGGACGGCGCGCUGAACGACGGGAGCUUCGGGAGGGACAACGCCGCGCCCGCGCCCGCGCCCGCGGCGCCGGCGCCGGCGGUGGCUUUCUUAUCCGGCGUCGCCUCGGGGAGGGACGGGAGCUCGAUCGCGGGCAUCUCCGGCAGCUCGAUCGCAGGCAUCUCGACAGACGGUAUCGCGGGCAUCUCGAGGAGCUUCUUCUCGAACCCGGGGAGCUUGAACCCGCCGCCUUCGGCCUUCUUAGCCUUCUCCUCGCGCUUGGGCUUCUUCGCCGCGGCUUUCUUCUCCGCGGCGGCGGGCGCGGCGGGCGGCGCGGGCGCCUCGGUCGCCUCGCGCUCGAUCGCGACGCCGCCUUGCUCGUACGGGGACACGUACUUGUUCACCGCGGACGGGUACUCCACGCCGUACGGGUUCGACGCCGCGGCCGGGGCGGCAGCCUUCUCGCGCUUCGCCGCGUCCGCCUCCGCCUUGGCCUUAGCCUUGGCCUCUCUCUCCGCGUUUUUGGCGGCGAGCUGCGCGGCUUUGUCUUCGCCCUUCGCCGCCUCGCGCUCCGCGGCAGCCUUCUCCAUGGCAGCCUUCUUCGCGGCGGCGGCCUCGGCUUUCUCCGCGUCCGCCUUGGCUUUCGCUUCCGCGGCGGCAGCCUUGGCCUUGGCGGCCUCUUCCGCCUUGGCGGCGUCCGCCUUGGCUUUCGCGGCGGCUGCCUCCGCCUUUGCCUUCUCCGCGGCGGCGGUCUUCUCAGCCUUCGCGGCGUCCGCUCGCGCCUUGGCUUCCGCCUGCGCCUUCGCGGCUUGCUCCUUCUCCUUGGCAGCCUCCGCGGCCUUCUCAGCCUUCGCGGCCUCGGCUUGCACCUUGGCUUCCGCCUGCGCCUUCGCGGCUUGCUCCUUCUCCUUGGCAGCCUCCGCGGCCUUCUCAGCCUUCGCAGCCUCGGCUUGCGCCUUGGCUUCCGCCUGCGCCUUCGCGGCUUGCUCCUUCUCCUUGGCAGCCUCCGCGGCCUUCUCAGCCUUCGCGGCCUCGGCUUGCGCCUUGGCUCGCUCCGCCUCGCGGGCCUUCUCAGCCUUGGCUUGCUCCGCUUGCGCCUUGGCUCGCUCCGCCUCGCGGGCCUUCUCAGCCUUGGCUUGCUCCGCUUGCGCCUUGGCUUGCUCCGCCUCCGCGGCCUUCUCAGCCUUGGCUUGCUCCGCCGCCGCCUUCGCUUGCUCGGCUUCGCGCGCCUUCGCUUGUUCCGCGCGCGCCUUCUCGAGCUUCGCGGUCUCCGCCUGCUGCUUCUUGAGCUGCUCCGCCUGCGCCCUCUCGUCCGCGGCAGCCUGCGCCUUCUCUUGCUUCACGCGCUCGGCCUGGAGCUUCGCAUCCGCGGCUUCUUUCUUCGCCUUCUCCGCGGCUUCGGCCUUCGCGCGCGCGGCUUGUUCC